GGCAGAGCAGCAGCAGCACCAGCAUCCCGGCUAACCUCUCCAAUCUCCCACCACCAGCGAGGUGUUUCCUCCCUCAGCAUCCUCCAGAAACAACGAGAUAAAAGAUAAGAUGGCCACCUCCUCCUCCACUCUGGAAGAAGACGAGAGCUUGAAGGGCUGUGAAAUAUUUGUUCAGAAGCACAACAUCCAGCAGAUCCUCAAAGAGUGCAUUGUGAACCUCUGCAUCGCUAAGCCUGAGCGUCCUAUGAAGUUCCUGCGGGAGCAUUUUGAAAAGCUGGAGAAGGAAGAAUGCAAGCAGAUCAUGGCACGUCAGAAAUCUAACAGCCAGUCCGACUCACACGACGAUGAAGUUUCUCCCCCACCGCCCAACCCUGUUGUUAAGGCCCGGCGCCGCAGGGGAGGGGUCAGCGCCGAGGUGUACACUGAAGAGGACGCUGUCAGCUACGUACGCAAGGUGAUCCCUAAGGACUACAAGACCAUGACCGCCUUGGCCAAAGCCAUCUCCAAGAAUGUGCUGUUUGCUCACCUGGACGAUAACGAAAGAAGUGACAUAUUUGACGCCAUGUUCCCAGUCACCCACAUCGCGGGGGAAACAGUCAUCCAGCAAGGCGAUGAAGGAGACAACUUCUAUGUGAUUGACCAAGGUGAAGUGGACGUGUAUGUGAACGGGGAGUGGGUGACCAACAUUGGAGAAGGAGGUAGUUUUGGAGAGCUGGCCCUCAUCUAUGGGACUCCCAGAGCUGCGACCGUCAAGGCCAAGACUGAUCUUAAACUGUGGGGCAUCGACCGAGACAGCUACCGGCGCAUCCUCAUGGGAAGCACACUGAGGAAGAGAAAGAUGUAUGAAGAAUUCCUCAGCAAGGUGUCCAUCCUUGAGUCUUUGGAUAAGUGGGAACGUCUGACUGUGGCUGAUGCUCUGGAGCCAGUUCAGUUUGAAGACGGGGAGAAGAUAGUGGUGCAAGGAGAACCUGGGGAUGACUUCUUCAUUAUAACAGAGGGAAUAGCCUCUGUUCUGCAGCGCAGGUCUGACAACGAGGAGUACGUGGAGGUCGGGCGCCUGGGACCCUCUGACUACUUUGGUGAAAUCGCCCUGCUGCUGAACCGUCCAAGGGCAGCCACCGUAGUCGCUCGCGGUCCUCUCAAGUGUGUGAAGCUGGACCGGCCCCGCUUUGAGCGUGUGCUGGGGCCGUGCUCAGAGAUCCUCAAGAGGAACAUCCAGAGAUACAACAGCUUCAUCUCCCUUACUGUGUGACAUGUCGGCCCCCCUGGGCCCCACCAGCAGGGGUGGGCAGCAUCAGCAUCAGAGUUUGGGUCCGUGGGUGGGAAUAAGUGAGGAUGCAGGGUAAAAGACAUGGGUUUUAAAUCCACAACUACAGGGCGCUCAUUUCUUGCCUUUUUUUUUUCGAUUUUGCGCAUUUCUUUUUUCUUUUUGAUCUUGUGCACUUGACAUGUUCUGACACGUAGCUUUUUUGUCAAAACCAACAUUCAGAAGUGUAAAAAUCAGAGCGAGGACAGAGGUCAUUCAACUCAUUAAAUACUGUAAAUGAGUCAUAUAUACAGUGUGGCAACUGUAUGUGAUGCAUGCUUAUAGACUGACCAAGAAUGGCGUUUGCACUUUCAUGAAUUUAUGAAGGGUACGGAUGAAUUGAGGAACUAAGAAGGAAGUAAAGUCAUGUUUACGUACAGUGGGAGGAAGUAAGUACACGUUUAUUUAUUUUCGCUGGCUGUUGUUUGCCUUUUUUUCACUUCUGGGUGUGCGUGGUGCCAUUUCUAGGUCAUAUCAGACCGGCACUACACAGACUGCUGUUCCCCUAAAACGUAGAUGUACAGGUUUGAAGAAAACUAAAUAUUUUGCCGUUUCAUUUUGUAUGCUUCUUAAGUGUUCUUUUACUGCAAUUAUCAGUUGGGGGUUUGUUACAGGCAGUCCGAUGUUGAGUUAAGAUUUUAACAUUAUGUCAGCCAAAAGAACUAACAAGUUUUUUUUUUUUCUCAAGAGAUUUUCUCGGUCCCAUUAAUCCCUGAAGCGAUUCAGUGUGAUCUGUGAGUUGUGGGAUUCCAAAGGAGCAGUAGUGUCAUCAGUCCAGUCCACAUACACACAAACAGAGUCUGAAGUACACAGACAUGAAACACGCAACCAUACUGUAUAUGCUUACACUGUCUCAGGACAAUAUGAAUCUUCAACACAAACACACACAAACGUCUUUCCUAAUGCUUUUGAUUUUGUUCUAUGUUAUAUUGCCAGCUUAAAGCUUUUGCACCACUUUAGAGUUUGUAGCAUUGGGUCAAAACAGAUGUUUGAUUUUGCUGUUUUUAAGACAUGACUUAUAUGUUAUGAAUAUAUAAAAGACAGAAGUAAAAAAUAUACUUGUGUUGCUUUCCUUUGAUCUACUGUAUUUUGUCAAAGUUGCACAACUGACCCAGCGACUGAUGUUGCAUAAAAUGGGACCUGAAAAGAAUCUUUCUAUAUUCUCUCUCUCUCUCUCUCUCUCUCUCUUUAUGUGUUUCUUUCAACUAUCAAACCAUCUUGAGC